GCGGCGCUCCCGGAGCCGCCCCGCCGGGGCAGCCCCUCCCCGCGGGCGGUCUUUCCCUUUCGCUCCUUCGGUCGCUGCCUCUCGCUCUCCCGGUGCGGGCGGGCGCGGCGGGGACGGCGGCGCAGGGCUGUGUCUCUGUGUCCCCCAUGGCGCUGGCGGCCGCCCGAGCGCGGGCUCUGCGCGCCCUCCGCCUCCCGCGCCCCCCGGGCCGUGUCCCGGUGCCGGCCCGCAGCCCCGCCAGCCCCGCGGGGGCUCCCGGGGCGCUGCCGCCCGGCGGGUACCGGGCCUGGCGGGAGCGGGCGGCCCGCGACCCCGCCGGGUUCUGGGCGGACGUGGCGCGGGGGUGGCUGCGCUGGGACAGUCCCUUCCACACGGCCUGCCGGCCCGGCGAGACCGCUGGUUCCGCCCGCUGGUUCCUCGGCGGCCGCCUGAACGUCUCGGUAAAUUGCUUGGAUCAGCAUGUCGAAAAGUCUCCAAACAGAGUGGCUCUGAUUUGGGAGAGAGAUGAACCUGGCACUGCAGUGCAUGUCACAUACAGGGAACUUCAGGAUCUGACUUGCCGCCUUGCCAACACCCUGAAGAAAUAUGGGAUCCAGAAGGGGGACAGGGUGGCCAUCUAUAUGUCUGUGUCCCCCUUGUCAGUGGCAGCCAUGCUGGCUUGUGCCAGGAUCGGGGCUGUUCACACUGUGGUCUUCGCUGGAUUCAGCGCUGAGUCCUUGGCUGGGAGAAUCAUGGACUCUGGAUGCAAAGCAGUUAUCACAUACAACCAGGGAGUCAGGGGAGGCCGAACCAUAGAGCUGAAGGCAACUGUGGAUGAAGCUGUGAAGAACUGUCCAAGCAUCAAACAUGUGUUUGUGGCUCAGAGGACAGAUAACAAAGUCCACAUGGGUGACCGUGAUAUUCCCCUUGAAGAGGAGAUGACCAAGGCAGAUUCUGUCUGCAUUCCAGAGAGCAUGGACAGUGAAGAUGUGCUCUUCAUGCUGUACACCUCAGGCAGCACUGGGAAACCCAAAGGAAUUGUUCACACCCAGGCUGGAUACCUGCUGUAUGCUGCUCUCACACACAAGUAUGUGUUUGACUACCAGCAAGGAGAUGUUUUUGGCUGUGUGGCCGACAUUGGCUGGAUCACAGGACACAGCUAUGUUGUCUAUGGACCACUCUGCAAUGGAGCCACCUCUGUCCUGUUUGAAAGCACUCCAGUGUACCCUGACCCAGGUCGUUACUGGGAAGUGGUGCAAAGGUUGAAAAUUAAUCAGUUCUACGGAGCACCUACAGCGAUACGCCUGCUGCUGAAUUAUGGAGAGGAGUGGGUGAAGAAAUAUGACAGAUCUUCCUUGAAGGUUUUGGGUUCAGUGGGAGAGCCCAUCAACAAGGAAGCUUGGCAGUGGUUCUACCAGGUGGUGGGAGAAGGGCGCUGUACCCUUGUGGACACGUGGUGGCAGACAGAAACUGGUGGCAUCUGCAUUGCCCCACGGCCCUCAGAGGAGAAAGCUGAGAUCGUUCCAGCUAUGGCUAUGAGACCUUUCUUUGGGAUUGUGCCUGUGCUCAUGGAUGAGAAUGGAGAGGUUAUAGAGGGCAAUGAUGUGUCUGGUGCACUCUGCAUUGCCCAGCCAUGGCCUGGCAUGGCAAGAACAAUCCAUGGGGAUCACCAGCGCUUCGUUGAUGCCUAUUUCAAAGCCUACCCAGGUUACUACUUCACAGGGGAUGGUGCUUACAGGAGCCACGAAGGCUAUUACCAGAUCACAGGGCGCAUGGAUGAUGUCAUUAACAUAAGUGGGCACAGGCUGGGGACGGCAGAAAUUGAAGAUGCAAUGGCUGAUCACCCUGAGGUCCCUGAGACAGCUGUGGUUGGGUAUCCACAUAAGAUCAAAGGAGAAGGUGCCUUUGCUUUCAUAGUGCUAAGGGAGCAGACAGCUCAUGCAGACCGUAUCAAAGAAGAACUCAAAACCAUAGUGGCUUCCAAGAUAGCAAAGUAUGCUGUGCCUGACCACAUCCUGGUGGUAAAGCGCCUCCCUAAAACCCGAUCAGGGAAGAUCAUGAGAAGGCUGCUGAGGAAAGUAGUCACUGAACAGUCAAGCAACAUGGGAGAUGUCACCACACUUGAUGAUCCAAGUGUUGUCAAGGAGAUACUGGAUGCUUACCAGAAAUACAAGGAGAAGAAUUCCUCGUAACAGGCGGCUCUGGAAUUUCUCUCGUUCGGAAAUGUGGAAGGUCUCAAAUAACCAGGCAAACAACAUAGUUCUCUCCUGGUGUUUUUUAAAAAAAUACUGUUUCCUUGUAGGGGAACAAGAUUUUCCACUCCACAACAUUUUUGAGAUGGCACAGGGCUAGAAGCAGUCAGCAGUUUUCCACCAUCAGUGAACUCCUUUUCCUUGCGCUCAGGGCUGUUGUAGGGCAGCUGCUGGUGGUUUCCAUGAGCUAUGCUGAAAUUUAACAUGGGCUAAAGCAAGAUGCAGAUGCUCUUUUUAAUGUUCCUCUUUUUAAUGUUACUGUACAGGGAAAUGUUUUUUACACAAUACUUCUUGCUGUUUUAAAAGAAGCCCUGGAAACCACUUCUUCAAUGUUUUCCUUCAGCUUGGGUGUCUGAGUCUAAGCAGCUGUAUUUCACUGCAGCUGUGGUGCCUUUCCAGCAAUUCUGGCUGUUCUGGUAGGUGAUUCAUAUGCAUUGAUAGGGACAUGAGAAGGACAUGGCUACUCUGAUAAUUCUUCCCUGACUUUACCCAUUAUUCUAAUAUCUCCUUUGGCUUUCCUCAUAUGGAUUUGUUCCUACCACCAUGUGUCCUGGGGCUUCCCAGAGGUGGUGAGCCUGUGACCC